UCUGUCUCUCUCUGUCUCAAAAAUAAAUAAACAUUAAUAAAUAAAUAAAUAAAUAAAUAAAUAAACAAACAUUAAAAACAAUGGGCACUUCAUAAAGAUCAAAGGCUUAAUUCACACACACCCCAAAUAUACAAGUGUAAUAUGUAGGCAUCUACAAAUGGAAUUUUGAAACACACAAAGCACAUAUAAUCACAGAAUUACAGUUACUUGUCACAGAGAGCUCCAGGUGCUGGACACUUACUGUUUUACAGUGACUCUUGAGGCCGUGCCCGGGGCUAGUGUGUGACCUCGUGAGCAGGGAAGGGAUGCCCACCACGUGGAUUCCGAGGGAGGGAGGACAGUGGGCCUCCUCACACCUCCUUCUAGCCUCCCCCAUCUCCCAGGUCCUGAUGCCCCCCGCCCCGCCCCACCAGCAGCACUGACUUCCACAGACAUGUACGGCCUGUGAUUCAGGUGGUCUGGCCCAAAGGAAGGAACCCUUUUUCACUUUGCAAAAAAAUGACCCCAGAAGGGAGGGGCAUUGGCAGGAAGGCGGGAGAUGGGGCUCGAGCCCUGCACAGGGUGUGAAUUUGGGCGAGGCUCUCACCCUCUCUGGCCUCUAGGCCCAGGGUCCCCAGCAGUGGAGAUGUGGUGGUGGAUGGCUGAUUCCCAAGGGCUGUCCCGGCCCUGACAGCGUCUGCGUGCGAGGUUCCUUCUCUGAGGAGGGCCACUGUUCUGACAUCACUGUCACCUUCCUGUCGGGGCCUCCUCUCAGUCCUGCAGCUCUUAGCUUCUGAGAGACAAACCCGGAGAAACAGGCUCCCCGGGGACCCGGCACCUCCAAGCCCAGACAUGCUUCUGCUGCUGUUGGCCCUGCUCUGGGGGACGGAGGGGGCCGAGGGCCAGAGGGGGGCCGGGAGGGGGCCACAGGGGCAUUACUGGCUGCAAGUGCAGGACGCAAAGGGGCAGGAGGGCCUGUGUGUGCGAGUGUCCUGCAGAUGCUUCUAUCCCCGGGAAGGCUGGUCUGAGUCUACCCCAGCUCUCGGCUACUGGUUCCGGAAAGGGGCCGGUGUACAACAGGAUGUUCUAGUGGCCACAAACAACCCGGAUGGAAAAGUGCGGCAGGAGUCCCAGGGCCGAUUCCGCCUCUUCGGAAACCCCCAGGACUACGACUGUUCCCUGGACGUCAGAGACGCACGGAGAGGGGACUCGGGGACAUACGUCUUUAGGGUGGAGAGGGGGCCUUCUGUGAGAUAUACUUACACACGGGACCAGCUCUCCGUGCGUGUGACAGCCCUGACCCAGACACCUGACAUCCUUAUCUCGGGGACCCUGGAGUCUGGACGCCCCAGUAACCUGACCUGCUCUGUGCCCUGGGCCUGUGCGUGGGGCACGCCCCCCAUCUUCUCCUGGACGUCAGCGGCCCUCGCCUCCCUGGGCCCCAAGACCCACCUCUCCUCUGUGCUCACCCUCACCCCACGGCUGCAAGACCACGGCACCGACCUCACCUGUCAGGUGACCUUGCCUGGGACCGGAGUGACCACAAUGAGGACCAUUCACCUCAACGUGUCCUAUUCUCCGUGGAACUUGACCGUCACUGUCUUCCAAGAAAACGGCACAGCGCUUGGAGGAUGGCUCAUCUCUUUCAGUCCUGGAGGACCAGUCCCUGCACCUGGUCCGUGUCAACAGCAACCCCCCCAGUCAGGCUGAGCUGGGCCCCGGGGAGCUGACCCUGUGCUCCUCAAAGCCCUGGAACCCUGGGGUGCUGGGGCUGCCUCGGGCACAGGAGAGAGAUGAAGGGGAAUACCCCUGCUGAGCUCGGAGUGCGGUGGGCUCCCAGCACGCCUCCCUGAGCCUCUCUCUGCAGGGUGAGUGUCCAGGGGCUGCACAGUGGACCCUAAUCCCUCAAUGCCAUUUGGCUCACUGGUCCCCGAGCAGGCAGCCCCAGAGCCCGCUGUCCAGCCGCCGGAAGGCCAGGGCACGGGGUAGCGUGCGGCUCAGGCACAUGGGGUGCCACAGCAGUGACGCAGGGGGGCCUGGGGGACCGAUGUCCAGAGACCAGCCGGGAGCAGAGGACACGGUGUAGCAGUCAAGCUCACGAAUCCAGGAAUCCAUCCUCCUUCGCCUCAUCGUCCUCGUGUGAGCGCUGCCCCAGGGGGAGGGGAGGCCUGAGGGGGGUGGGGAUUGCGGCCGAGUCCCAGAACCAGCGCAGGAGGGACUGAACAGGUCAGAGGGCAGGGCAGGGGGGAGGCUGACCACAGUGUCCAGGACGGGACGGGCUGCGCCUGCUGUGCUCACGGCUGUCUACGCGGCCAGACCUGCACUCUCCCACCUCGUCCGCCCUCCAGCCCCUUAACUGGGAACCGGAGUGAAUCAGUUGGCCCUGCAUUCCCAGGACCAGACCGAAAGGCCCCGGUGUCUUCUCUCAGACUGAGAUUCUUCAGGAAGGAGAAGCCAGGCCUGCAGGGGGCGUGGAGGAGGCCAACACCACCCCCAGUUAAUCCCUCAGGUGAGUGACGUGGGCACCCAACAUCCCACCAUCACCUCCUCCAGGAUGGCCCCAGGAUUGCUUCACUCAGCACGGCCGAGGUUGAGCUGCCACGUUCCUCUUGAACCUUCUUCUCUGCUGGGAUUCCCUCACAUGGCUGGCAUGGUCUCAUCUCUAAGGCCAGAACUGGGGGUGUGGUUCUCCACCGUGACCUCCCUCUGUUCUGCCUGGUCCACUACAUCACCUGGUCUUGUCCAUCCUUCCUCUAAGCUCAUCCUAGCUCCCGUCUCCUCCCCAUCCUGACCUUGCUUGUUCCUGCGGCCUCCUCUUUUCCCCGGGCCUCUAAUGCACCUGUCUCUUGCCUCCCCCUCCGUCCUCAACACUGAGUCUUGGGACACCAUUAUCAUCCACUUUCUCCACAGUAUGAAGACCUAGGAUUCCUCUCCACAGUCCAAACUGAGGGGCAAACAGGCUAGAUUUGAAGACCUGAUGUGGUCUCUUUCCCACCGAACUCUCCACCCAGGUCC